AUGGUCACACACGCUCCCCGGCAGUUCGCCCCUCUGAAGCCAGGCGUUGUAGCAAAGUCAACUGCACCUCGACUCAAAGGCAUUGUAUUCGACGUUGAUGGAACAUUAUGUGAACCCCAAACGUACAUGUUUGGCGAGAUGCGCCAGGCCCUCGGCAUCACCAAAAAAGUAGACAUCCUCGACCACGUCUACUCCCUCCCCACGAAAGAGGAACAGGAGACGGCCAUGGAGUCCAUCCGCCAAAUCGAGCGUACGGCCAUGGCCUCUCAAGUAGCCCAGCCCGGCCUCGUGGAGCUCAUGUCCUACCUCGACAGCCGCGGCGUCCGCAAGGGCAUCUGCACCCGCAACUUCGACGCGCCCGUCGCACACCUUCUCGGAAAGUUCCUCGAGGGGUCGCUGUUCGAGCCUGUCGUGACCCGCGACUUUCGCCCGCCAAAGCCAGACCCCGCCGGGAUCCUGCAUAUUGCGCAAAACUGGGGUCUCGUCAAAGAAGCCGACGCCUCGACUAACGCCAAGGAGACAACCGUCGGUGAUGGUAGUGAGUUGAUCAUGGUUGGGGAUUCGAUCGAUGACAUGACGGCCGGACGAAGAGCUGGCGCGGCGACAGUACUCCUUGCCAACGAUGUCAACGAGCAUCUGGUCGAUCACGAGCACACUGACUUGGUGAUCCGUCGGUUAGAUGAGCUGAUUCCUAUCCUUGAGAAGGGGUUCAGCAGCAGGGAACCAGUUUCAUAG